AUGCCAGGACGCUCGACUUCUUCGCUAACUGUCGAGAACGAGAAAUCUUCCGUCCCUGCUAUCACCGAAAAACAGUUAGAGGCCCCGGACCACGAGUUCGAGGUGGUCCUCGAUGUAACAGACGAUCCACAGUGCAUGUCGACAUUCAGGAAAUGGGUCAUUAUCGUUAUCAUCAGUUGUGCUUCUCUCUGCGUUACGUGCGCGUCGUCUGUUGCGUCCUUCGCAGAGCAGGGAGUUGCCAAGGAUUUUCAUGUUUCGCACACUGUCACCAUACUUUCAAUCAGUCUAUUCGUCGAAGGGCUUGGUCUAGGUCCUCUACUUGUGGGACCCUUGUCGGAGGUCUACGGCCGCUCGAUUGUUUACCGCAUCUCUUAUGCGCUUUUCUUCGUCUUUUCGUGGCCAAUAGCGUUCGCACCGAAUAUUGAGGUCUAUUUAAUAUUCCGUUUCGUUACUGGCGUGAGUGAUAUGUUUGAUAAUGCUACUGUUGCGAAUCCAAUGGCAUUCUAUACGAUAUCUCCAUUCAUUGGUCCGGUACUUGGGCCUCUGAUUAGCGGGUUUAUCAAUCAGAACACUCACUGGCGAUGGACCUUCCGUGUUCUGCUAAUUUGGAUUUUCGCCCAACUUGUUGCGCUGUUCUUGUUUGUACCCGAAACAUAUGUGCCGGUCAUCCUCAAGAAAAAGGCUGCACGACUACGAAAAUCUACAGGAAAUCCGAAACUGUGGGCGCCGCUAGACAGACGGAACACAAAUCUCACACAAGCCAUCAUUCUGAGUUGUUAUACCCCCUUCCAAUUGAUAUGGUACGACCGGAUGGCCCUCCUUCUUAACACAUGGACCGCCCUUAUCCUCGGAAUCCUCUACCUCACGUUCCAAGCCUUCCCCAUUAUCUUUGAAGAGCACCACGGUUUCAGCAUGCAACAGACGGGACUGACAUACCUCGGAAUUGGCUUGGGCAUGAUCUGUGCCAUGUUUACGCAGCCGUAUUGGAACCGAAUCGUCGCCCGUGCUGCAGAAAAGAACAACGGAAAGGCCCCUCCAGAAGCUAGGCUGUAUAUGGGCCAAGUGGGCGGUAUCCUCGUUCCCGUCGGGCUGUACUGGCUUGCCUUCACUACAUAUUCGUCGGUGCACUGGAUUGUCCCCAUCAUCGCAUCCAUACCAUUUGGAGCUGGAAUUUACUUCGUCUUCACCGCCGUUUUCACAUAUCUAGUGACGGCAUAUAGACCUAUCGCAGCAAGUGCAAUGGCGAGCAAUAGUGCAAUGCGGUCGACCUUUGCGGCUGCAUUCCCGCUAUUUGCAGGGGCAAUGUACCACAAACUAGGCAUGGUGGGAGCCACGGCGCUACUAGCUGGCAUCAUGACAUUGUGUGUACCCUUACCGUUCAUAUUUUUGAGCAUUGGAGCAAGAUUGAGGGCGACAUCAAGGUUUGCGAGCAAGGACUGA